GAGAGAGCAGAACCCAACCGCACAUACUACACUUUUGUUAUUGCGGCGUCCAUAUCAAUUCCCGUAGUGUUAUCAGUGUGUGCAUGAGCACCGACAAUUGUUCUGAUCGCGACAGCUUUGCAUUUCACGAUUAGUAAGCAGCUGGCAAACAAGAAGAGGAGGCGGCGAAUGACGGAGCCAUAGGCGUGACAGUGUUGUUCGUACGAACAGUCGACGGGGAAGUUGAAGCGCGCUAUUCACUCCUCGUCGUCGCAUUUGACGGGCGCUUUUUGCCUAUUAUUCAAUAAUGUUGACUCUUACCGAGUCCGAGGGAAGGAGACAUGCACCUGGAGCUAAACGUCAGAAGACCAUCAAGAAAAGAGCAAAAAGUCAGAAGAAAGCAAUGCUCGCCGUAGAAAAGGAGGUUGAGGAAAAGGAAACCUCGAUGAAGGAAGAGUUGCAGAUUCAUGAGCUCAUGCCAGUCCAGUACAAACCUGAAGAACAUGAAAAUCAGCUAGCUACAGCUGAAGUUACUUUCGAGCAAGCUACUGUUAGCGAGCAGGAUUGUCACUCGAUGGCCUCUAUUUCCUGCAUGGAUGGUGUGUCGAAUAGCAAUAAGUUUGUUAUUAUAACUCUGUUGGAGCCAGAAGCCCAAGGGAUCACCAGUGACGAAUUACUGCAUACUGAGGAGAUAGUGGCUGAAGAUGACAAAAACAAGAACACAAAGUUACAAAAGAAGGUGAUAUUUUUGCAUAAACUUGAACCUGAGGCUACAACUACCAUUGAAACCACUACAGCACCAGAGCCUACAAACCUUAUAGAGAUUAAGGAUAAUUCUAAAGAAUUUGAUGGUCAAUUAAUGACAAUAAACUUCAGUGAUUUUUCAUCAAUGGAUGGUAAAGAGCAGAAGGAUAUUAGUUGUUGGAUUAAAAAGUUUUCUGCUCUCCAAUUACUGUACACAGAAUCUGGUAAACCUUAUGUUAAAUGUCCAUCGUGUACAGCAAUGUUUUUUAAAGUCUCAUCAUUUGAAAAACAUGUGUCAAUUCACUUACGAAAAGAAGAAGAACAACUCAUCUGCAAAUUUUGCAAGUAUAACAAUGAAGACCCUAAUCAAAUAUUCAAUCAUUUGAAUUUGCAUCAAGACCAAUGCGAAGUUUGUAAUAUGAAUCUAACACGCAAAAAUAGCUUUAAAAAACAUUGGGAGUUUUCUGAGAUGCAAAUGACAUUUACUGCAAAAAGGGACAGAUGGGGUAGGUAUGUCUGUGUUUAUUGUAAGCUGGGUUUUGAUCUGUGUCACCAACUUCAGAAGCAUUGGUUUAAGCAUUUCUGUAACUCUUCAAAAACCUCUCAGUGCAAUAACUGUGGAGCUCUUUUUGACAAUGAUGAAGCUUUACAAAAUCAUGUAUGUUUAAAAUGUCCGGUUUGCCCUAAAAUUCUUGAUAGCGUACAUAGACUAAGAUCGCACUGUCGCUAUGAAAAACAUUAUGUGUACUGUCAAAUAUGCACUUACGAGUUUAUUUUAUCAGUAGAUCUUGAUAAACAUAUGGAAUUACAUAAAAAAGUCUACAAUCCCCAUAAAGACUAUGCCCAUUGCUUAGAAUCUGAGGAUGGAUCAUCUUUCCAAUGUGAAAUUUGUGGAAAAAUAUAUCAUACAAUGUCUUGUUUAGUACUGCAUAUUAACGAUGACCAUAAAAUUCAAGACACAAGCAGAAACAUUGGUGACAAUGAUAAUGAGCUUGCAAGAAUUACUUUACCUGAAGUGAAAGAUGGAGCUUCUUAUGAUAUAAUUACUACUUUGAGUAAAGAAGACUUAAAAUGUGGAGUUGACUUUGAAAGAGCAUGUGAAGAAGUUUUAGAAGUUCAAACUGUUGAGCGGACAGAUGAAAAAUCAGUCGAUUCAGAAAAUAUUGAAGGUGACAAUCAAUGUCAACCAGUUGCACUGUGUUGGAAUAGAUAUUCAAUUACCGAACAGUCAGCUGUUUCAAAAGAGACUUAGAAUUUUGAUGUUUUGUUAAAUUUUUAGUUUGUUUUAUUUUUCAUUUUAUUUCUUACUAGUUUGUGUAGCUAUAUUAAAGCAAAGACAAUAAAAUUUCAUUCUUUGCUUUAAUAAAUGCAACUGCAGUAAUGGGAUCUGUGCAUGUUUAAGACUGUAAAAAAGAGCUUUUGAAACAUGUGAAUUAUUGGCGUUGAAAAAGCAUGUUAAUAUUGUUUUUACAACGCUGAAGUUCCUAUAUAAAUGUUUAUAUAAAUGUGUAAACAGUAAAUCAGUAACAUCGAUUAGGCAAUAGAUAAAAUCAUUUCGACAUUCAAAAGUUAUUUAUUUUACUUCUUUCAUAGAAAAUAAAUCACAUGGUUUUGAAAAGUGAAUGUAUAGAACCCAAUUGGGCGAUGACAGAGUACAAACGUAUAAUUGUACUCAAACCAAAUGAACAAAGCAUAUGUACAUAUUUGAUAUAAAUAUGCAAGAUCAAGAAACUUGAUAAAAUUGUUCGUACCAUAUUAUGUAUAAAUAUAUUACUUAUAAAGUUCUUUUAUCAUAAAUUUUCCAUUGGAUGUUUGGAAAAUGAAUGACAGAACAGCUCUUUCUGUAAUGCACACCCUUAUUAUGCAGGCAUGUUAGUUGCCUGGAAAAAUAUGGUUUUGUUUUUCGUAGUUGAAUUUGCACUUGCAUUACAUUUAUAUUUAUGUCUACUUGCAUAGCCCACAACUUUUUCUUUUUGAAUUGCCAAUGAAAAAAUAAAUAAAUAUAUCUUAUCUU